AUGUCGGAUUCGCCAGAAGAUCUUGGUGUUGAUUUCGAUGUGGUGGUUAUUGGUGCGGGUAUUUCGGGAUUGGUGGCUGCCAGAGAAUUGGAGACAAGAAGUCCGAAGACGAGAGUGAGUUUUUUCGUUGAAAAAUUGAAGUUUCGUGGGAAAAUCUUUUUUUUUUAAUGAAAUUGAUUUUUCAUAUGCGAUCACAUGCAAGGCUAAAUAACAAAUAUCUUGGAAAAAGUAAACAAUUAUUGUUUUCCGUCGAGUGUAAGAACACAGAGAAAGAAUAGAGAGAAAAAUGGAAAGUGCAAAAAAGGGAAACCGGGAAAAGACAUUACCAUAGUUGUUUUUUUGAUCUCACUGAUCUUUUGAACUUCUAUUCUAAUGAUCGGAAAAUCUGGUCUUUUUUCGGAUUCGGGAAGUUCAAAAAAUUAUGUUUUUGGAAUGAUAAAUUGAACGAAAGUGAUCAGAUUUUAGAGAGAAUAAAUAUAUGUUGUAAAUAUCAAAAUGAUAGGUUUUAAUGUUUUCUCAAAACUCUGACAUUAGUUUUUUGUGAAGUUAAAACUCAAAUGGGUUUAUUUCAUGCAUAGCCAACUAUUAGAAUUUUUAAUUAGAAAAUACCUUCCUUUCAAAGAGCAUUUUUUAAAAUAAGCAAGUUUUGACUAUAAUCAAAGAAGCAUAGAGAAGUUUUUACAAGUUUACAUAAAAGACACUGAAAAAUGCGAAACAAUAAAGCUUCUCAUUUUCAGAUUCUAAUCCUCGAAGCAAAAGAUCGUGUUGGUGGUCGAACUCUUGGAGUAGAAAUGAAAACAGCCAAAUACACCAAAGAGUAUUUUGAUCUCGGAGGACAAUGGGUUGGAAGAACACAACGACAUAUUUUGGGGUUGUUAGAUGAACUCGAUUUCAAAACCUAUGAACAAUAUGAGGAUGGGGAUAAAAUUGCACAAAUGGGUGUCUCGAAGCCAAGAAAAUAUUCAUCGAAGUUGCCAGUUACUAGUUUAAGGUGAAUCUUUUUUCUGAAAAUGUUUCUUCAAUAACACAAAAAUAUUCCAGACAAUUCACCAUUUUCGAAAUUUUCGAUUCAAUUGCCUCAUUCGCUAAACUCACUUGGUUAACAAGAUUCAUCAAUCCAUUUGAUUAUUUUUCAUCAAAGAAAUCAACGAAUCUUGAUGAUAUGUCUGUUUCAAAAUGGUCUCGUGAAAAUUGUUGGACUCGAGCGAAUCAAGAUGCAAUCGAUAUUGCAACUCGAAGUAUUUUUGGAGUUGAGCCAAAUCGAAUGAGCAUGUUGUAUAAUUUAGUUGUUGCACAAUCAGCUGGCAAUUAUUUGAAUCUUUGCGAAUGUGUUGGUGAUGGUGCACAAGCUCUGAAAAUCAAUGGUGGAGCAUUUCAAGUUGCUCAAAAUUUGGCGGGAAAUUUGGAAAAUAUUCGACUAGAACAUGCUGUUUCUGAAAUUAUUGUUGAUGAACAAACUGGAAUAACUUGUAUAAAAGGAAUUGAUUUAAAAAAUAAUCAAGUUUUCACUUUCAAAUGUUUGCAUGUAAUCUCAGCAAUCCCACCAAAUCAAUGCGGAAAAAUCCAAUGGACUCCAAGUUUACCAGAUUUGAAACGACGAUUAUUUGAUGGUUGUAUGCAAGGAAAUCUGAUCAAAUUUGUAGUCACAUUCGAAGUUCCAUUUUGGAAAACAAAUGGUUUAUCCGGAGAAAUUGUUAGCACUGGAAGAACACCAAAUAUAGGCGAAGUUCAUCCAAUAAUUUGCACUUAUGAUGGAACAACAGCUAUUGGAGCACCAGCAAUUAUUGGAUUUAUGAAUGAAGAAUAUGCUGAUAAACCAUUUAAUGAACGAUGCAAUGCAGUUGUGAAUGAUUUGAUUAGAUUUAUGGGAGAUGAUGCACUUCGACAUUUUUUGGAUUAUAAAGAUAAGAUUUGGGCGCAUGAACAAUAUAAUGGAGGAUGUCCAAGUAUUUAUGUGCCACCUGGACAAAUGGAUGCAUAUCAAUAUAUUCGACAACCCUUUUACAAGUUAGUUAUUAGAAUUUUUUUUUUGGGGGGGGGGGGGGACUUUUAGAAUUCGGCCUAGGUUCGUAAAUAAUUCACAAGUUUUAAUUUCUCAUUGAAACACAUUAUAGUGUUCAUUUUGCUGGAACUGAAAGUGCCACAGAAUGGAUUGGUUAUAUGAGUGGAGCUGUCCAAAGUGGAUAUAGAAGUGCUCACGAAGUUCUUCAAUGUAUGGAAAAAUUUGACAAAGUCACCUAUGAACAUCUAGUAAGAGUUAAGAAUUUUUCGGAAAACUAGUCAUCCUUUUUAUUCUAGAAAGGCACAAUUUACGAUCAAGAGUAUUGUCCUCCAAAACUUCCAUCAAACAUCUAUGAUGAAACCCGAUCACCGUGGUGGCGUCGCCUUUUCUUCAUGAGUGGUCUGCUUUUUGGAAUCUAUGCCUACAGUAGACAUUAUAGACUUUCAAUUGUUGCUAGAACUGUGAAACCAAUUGAAAAUCGACUUGUCAAAUACUUUUUCGAUGUUGAUUGGCCAGAGUGA